AUCUCGCGGCUUCCGAGAUUUAAGCGAGCAGGCAUCGGGGUGUACCGUGGAAGUAGCUAGCUUAUCAUUUGUUUUACAAUUUUAAAGAUGUCCAACGCAGCACCGGCGACCAAGCCUUCUAACAAAGAGAACCCCCGUGUCUUUUUUGAUGUAGACAUUGGUGGUGAAAGAGCUGGCCGAAUCGUGUUCGAACUUUUUGCUGAUAUUGUCCCCAAAACUGCCGAAAACUUUCGAGCACUUUGUACCGGUGAGAAGGGUACCGGCAAAACCACAGGAAAACCACUGCAUUUCAAAGGAUGUCCUUUCCACAGGAUCAUCAAACAGUUCAUGAUCCAGGGAGGGGAUUUCUCCAACCAGAACGGCACCGGAGGAGAGAGUAUUUAUGGGGAGAAGUUUGAAGAUGAAAACUUCCAUUACAAGCACGAUAAAGAGGGCUUGCUGAGCAUGGCUAAUUCAGGACCUGCCACCAAUGGAUCCCAGUUCUUCAUCACCACUGUGCCAACGCCUCAUCUAGAUGGAAAACAUGUGGUCUUUGGACAAGUCUUGAAGGGGAUGGGGGUGGUGAAAACACUGGAAGCCGUAGAGACCAAGGAGGAUGCACCCAUCAAGCCAUGUUUUAUAGCUGACUGUGGUGAGCAUAAAGAUGGUGACAACUGGGGAGUAACACCGAACGACGGCUCAGGGGACACCCACCCCGAUUACCCUGAGGACGCUGACCUUGAUUUAAAAGAUGUUGACAAAGUCCUGUCUGUUGCUGAAGAUAUUAAGAAUAUCGGAAACAAUUUCUUCAAGAACCAAGACUGGCAGUCUGCAAUCAAGAAAUACUCCAAAGCUCUCAGGUAUCUGGCCGUUGGUGGAGAGGAGCAGGAGAUUGAGAAGGCCCAGGCAAAGCUGGAGCCAACAGCACUGAGCUGCAUUCUCAACACUGCAGCCUGUAAACUGAAGCUGCAACUCUGGCAGGAAGCCAUGGACAGCUGCAAUGAGGCACUGCAGUUGAAUGAGAAAAACACCAAGGCUCUGUUCAGGAGGUCCCAGGCCUGGCAGGGACUCAAGGAAUACAGUAAAGCCAUGAGUGAUUUGAAGAAGGCUCAAGAAAUUGCCCCAGAAGACAAAGCAAUCGGAAAUGAGAUGAAGAGAGUCCAGAUGAAAGUGAAGGAGGAAAAGGAAAAAGAGAAACAAAUAUAUGCCAAAAUGUUUGCAUGAAGACCUCAGACUGUUAUUUGAUGCUUGUCUACCUGUAAGUGAACUUGCCAACAAAGGGUUUUUCUGUUAGGCAUUUAUGUAAGGCAGCUACGAUACAGGUACCAUUUGAAAACCA